AUGGGUAACGAUCAGAAGUUCGAAUACGAAUCCUUGCCGAUUCCUACCUACGAGGAGGCCAUCGGUGCCCGUCCUGGCUCGUCCCGAUCCCACCUCGAUGCAUCCGAUGAAGCAGGCGACAAUGCUGAACGACAAGGCCUUUUGCCCCGGAGUGGUCCGGAUACCACUCCGCGGCCGGAUGCCAGAUAUCGUGGCUAUCAGCCUCCCACCGUUGAGUCCGCCCGCAAUAGCAUUGAUGACCUCGACUCCACCGGGUCAAGAUCGGAACGAGGGUCCAUGGAGGAACUGCGACGGGAACUCGAUCAGAUGGACGUGGAAGAUGGCCCAGAGUCUUCCUCCCGCCGCUCACAGUUACGGUCGCGAUUCUCGAAACGCUUCAACAACUUGACCCGCUCCCUCUCUUCCUUCAAUCUUCCCUUUCGCCGCUUCCUCCCUACGUUCCGUUUUACGAUACGCCUCGAUGAUGCUCGUACCGGGCUAAAGAACAAUGCAUGCAUGAUCCUACUACGUCUCUUUGGGCUGUUCCUGGUGGUCACGGUGGUUUAUAUCUUUUUCAUCUCGGACAUAUUCAACAUGAAUUCUCGCUUCAUCAUGGGACAAUCCUACAGUGCAGCAUCGGUGGAGAACUUCGUCCAGGGGCAUAUCAAUGAGACCAAUAUCGCCGAGAAUCUGAAGAAGUUGACCGCAUAUCCUCAUAUGGCUGGUACGGAAGGCAGUUAUGUGCUCGCAGAAUGGGUGGAAUCGGAAUUCAGGAAGGCGGCUUUCGAUGAAGUUGAAAUGGAGGAAUUUCAGGUGUAUCUGAACUAUCCCACAAACGACGGAAGACGGGUGGCUAUCGUCGACCCUCCCCAGUUAGCCUGGGAAGCAGCACUGGAGGAGAAAGAAGAGCAAACAUUGGUCUUCCACGGGCAUUCUAAGUCCGGGAAUGUUACCGGUCAUCUUGUCUAUGCAAACUUUGGCUCCCGUGAGGAUUUCCACUACCUUGCAAAUCAAGGCAUUGACGUCAAUGGGUCCAUAGCGCUGGUCCGCUAUGGGGGCACAGAGUCUGAUCGUGCCUUGAAGGUCAAGGCUGCUGAACUUGCUGGGGCAGUGGGUUGCAUCAUCUACUCUGACCCCGCGCAGGAUGGCUUCGUCCAGGGCCCUGCCUAUCCAGAGGGACGCUAUAUGCCAGCGGAUGGGACACAGCGCGGCGCAGUCAGCUUGAUGUCGUGGGUCGUUGGAGAUGUUCUCUCGCCUGGAUUUGCAUCUACCCCCGAUGAAAAGAAGAGACUCAAGCCCGAGGAAAGUCCGGGGCUGACGAACAUUCCCAGCAUUCCGCUAGCCUGGCGUGACGCCCAGAGGCUUUUGCAAGUUCUGCAGGGUCAUGGUGCGCAGGUGCCAGAAAAGUGGGUAGGCGGAGUGCCGGAGGUUAACCAGUGGUGGACUGGAGCUAAGUCGUCUCCAACCGUCAAUCUUAUGAAUCUUCAAGACGAGGUGGAAAGACAGCCAAUCUACAAUGUGGUUGGUAGGAUAAUUGGGCUAGAGCAACCGGAGAAGAAGAUCAUCAUUGGUAAUCACCGUGAUUCAUGGUGCCUUGGAAGCGCUGAUCCAGGCAGUGGUACCGCAGUAUUCCUGGAGCUGGCCCGGGUCUUUGGCGAACUCCUCACCUUCGGCUGGCGUCCUUUGCGCACUAUCGAGUUCAUCAGCUGGGAUGCCGAAGAAUACAACCUUGUCGGCUCGACAGAGCAUGUGGAAAAAGAAUUGAAGGCGCUCAAGGAACACGCUUACGCUUACAUCAAUGUUGAUGUUGGAGUCAGCGGCCACGAAUUCGAAGCCUCCGGGUGUCCCCUCUUUGAGCGGGUCAUUACGCAGAUUCUCGGCCGCAUUGCGGACCCCAUCAGUAACGAAACACUCAAGGAUCUAUGGGAGAAAAGCAAGAAGAAGCUGGGUCCGCUGGGUGCGGGAAGCGACUAUGUGGCAUUCCAGGAUAUCGCUGGAACCUCCAGCGUGGAUUUUGGCUUUUCCGGCGAACCGUUUCCUUACCACAGUUGCUACGAGAAUUAUGACUGGAUGACGAGAUUCGUCGACCCUGAGUUCCAGUAUCACAAGAUUCUCGGCCAGUUUUGGGGUCUGUUAGUUCUCCAGAUUGCAGACAGCCCAAUCUUACCCUAUGAUCUCGAAGGCUAUGCGGAUCACGUGGGCGGCUAUGUUAGCGACUUGGAGAAGUAUGCGAAAUCUAAGAGUGCUCCGAUUGCUGAAGCCGCAUCGGCGGCCUCGGUGACUUUCAAGCCGCUAUAUGAGGCGGCCGUGAAAUUCAAGGCCAACGCGGAGCACUUCCAGAGAUGGGCUCAGGUCUGGCACGACGCUGUCUGGGGUGCUGGUGGCUUCGAGAACAAUGUGAUGGCUGUCCAACGACUGUCAUAUAACGCGCGGAUGGCUCACUUCGAGACCAAACUUCUGGACGAUAGGCCGGAUGGCGGAGUACCCAACCGCACGCAGUUCAAGCACGUUAUCUUCGGUCCUGAACUGUGGUCUGGCUACGAUCCAACCCUUUUCCCUGCCAUCCGGGACAGUAUUGAUUCCGGCAACUGGACUCUUACCCAAGAGUGGAUCGAUCGAGUCUCGGACAUCAUCUCCAGCGCGAGUAACAGUCUCGUCCAUGACUGA